AUGUCAACCACCACCAAGCGAUCAACACCUUUUUAUUUUGGCGGUGCUGCCUCAUGCGUUGCUGCAAUGGUUGUCCACCCUUUUGACUUGACCAAGGUGCGCUUACAAACCAUGAAGGGUUCAGCACAAAGUGGCAUGUUUUCGACCAUGAUCAGUAUUGCCAAGAAUGAAGGUGUGUUGGCAUUGUAUGCAGGUUUGUCUGCCAGCAUUUUGCGACAAGCAACCUAUUCGACUGUACGUUUUGGUGUCUACGAUAAGCUCAAGCAAAUUGUGAACAAGCGCACAGACAGUCCAACGGUAUGGCAUUUGUUGGCAUGCUCCAGUACGGCAGGUGCUCUUGGUGGUGCAUGUGGCAACCCUGGUGAUGUUGUCAAUGUGCGUAUGCAAAACGAUGGUCAAUUGCCACCUCAUCAACGUCGAAACUACAAGCAUGCUUUGGAUGGUGUUGUGCGUAUGUCUCGUGAAGAAGGCAUUGCCUCGCUUUUCCGUGGUGUCGGGCCAAAUGUCAAUAGAGCUAUUUUGAUGACUUCCUCUCAAUGUGUUUCCUAUGACGUUUUCAAGGAUCUAUUGCUUCGUUAUAGCCCAUUGCAAGAUGGUUUGGCUGUUCAUCUUUCUUCAAGUAUCCUUGCGGGUUUGGUUGCAACUACGGUGUGUUCGCCUGUUGAUGUAAUCAAGACACGUAUCAUGUCGGCAGGAGCAGGUGGUGCUGAAAUGUCGGCUUUGUCUAUUAUGGCUCACAUGUACAAGGCAGAAGGCAUUGCUUCAUUCUUCAAGGGUUGGACACCUGCCUUUAUUCGUCUUGGUCCCCAAACGAUCAUUACUUUUGUUGUUCUUGAGCAAUUCAAGAAAUGGCAUGCUGCAUGGCAUGAUCGUGCACUCGUCACCGCUCCUGCUGCUGCAGCAACCAACAAGCUGUAA